AUCCAUUUCACUCUCCCCAACUUCGCCCCCCUCCUUUAAAUCUCUCUCUCUCUCUCUUCGAUCCCCUACCUCUUUUCCGAGCGACACUGGCUUUCUCCCCGUCUCCGGCGACGAUUCCGGCGAAAAGGCUCUGUCCGGGAGCUGGUUAAUAGAAAGGUAGUCUGGUCAUCUUGUUUACAAUGGCCUUUCAUGCCAACUAAAUCUGGAGCCUUAUACAUCAAUCAUCUUUUUGAAUCUGAUUGAUGACGGGAGUUUGGGCGGAUGGAAAUGCUUCUUCUGUUAAAGGGUUGACAAUACACAAUCACCAUGGCAAGAAAAUUCAGCAGAAUGGAGUAAAAGAUGGAGUCAAUGGUGGCAGACACAUGGUUUGUGAGGAGCAGAAGUCAAAGUUUAACGAAGGUGCUGAUGAUAAGAAUAGUGCACACAGAGGUUUAGUACAUGUGCAGGCUGUUCUUCAUACACAGCAGCAACAAUCUCAGCCCUGCACUGUUCGUUGGGACCAUUUUCUUCCUCUUAGAUCCAUCAAGGUUUUGCUUGUGGAGAAUGAUGAAUGCACUCGUCAUGUUGUCAGUGCACUGCUUCGAAACUGCAGCUAUGAAGGUUGGUUCUUUUUAAUUCUUUUUUGCUUUCUUGAUUGUAAUUUAUAGCAAGAUGUAGUGUAGAAUUUUUUGCCAAUUUUUCCUGGGAAUCAUAUUCUGGAUUUUUUGUUUUUGACACACUAAAAACAUUUUCUUGGAUCCCGAUUACUUUUUUUUCGAAAAAUGCUUCCUGUCACUGAUGAAACAGUUGUGUGUUUUCUAUUUUUUAUGCUAUACAUCAUACUAUACCCAGAAAACGUUAUUUUCAUGAAAGUAGAGACAAUAUCCACGGAAAACAUGUUCAUACUCUGCCUGCCUCAAUGUUAUUUGAACUCUUGUUUAUCUUUUUUCCUUUUAAUGUUUUUUUCUGCAACACUACAAGCCGUGAUACUUCACUGUUGGAGGAUAAUUCACAAUCCCCAGCAGCUCAUUGCGUCAGGCCUAUCAGAUAGUGCACCUUGCACCUUGGUCUGAGACAGUAAUCCAGCUUACUUCCUGUUGGACAUUGCAUUCAAUUGAAUCAAGUACUUGGACAUUAUGAAUCUGGGUAACCAUGUUGAUCAAAUAUCUGGACAUGGGAAGGCUCUGUUAUCUACUGAUUAAAUAUGCAACACUCACGCAAGAGGUUUCCUCUGAAAGCGGUUUUGGAAAGUUUAGAAUAUUUGAUGUUGUAUUGGCUUGGCAGAGUAACUGUCAAGCCAAGCCCUCACAGAGGGAACCACAUCGUUAUGUAUAUAUGCCCACACUUAGCAUUUUAUUUUUUUCUUUUGGAGGGAUGACACAAAGCCUUACAGGCUCUUCUAUACACACUCAUUUCACAUCUUUGUGUUUCUCAUAUAUGGAACUUGGAUAUCUAUCAUCGCUAGUGCUCAGUGCAUUUGGAGAACCUUUUAGUUCAAGACAUACACAUCCAUAUGCAGUAAAAAAGGUAUGGAUGCUAG